CGACCCACUCUUAAAUUUACACACCUACGAAACAUUUGACGAGCGCAUACCCAGCACUAAAACCACGUUUUGUCAUCGUUAAAUCUCAAACUGUACUGAUUUAAUUUGAUUUUGUGGUUAAUUUGCAGUGUGUUUUAUGGCGUGGUGUAAAAUGCGUUGUUCGGACCGGGGGCGUGUCACCAAGCGCGAGCUGUAGGACUCGUUUCUUUCCAUCUUAUUCAGUGACACUUUUAACAAAGAUAUUUUGCCUACAUAAUUUAGUCAAGCAGGUGCACCAGGCUUUUUGGUAAUAGAGUACGCAGAAUAGACUGCAUUCAGAUCAUGUUGAUACAUGCGCGAUCUUUUCUCUCUCUGUGAGGGUUUCUCAGCAGUAAUUGCGCGUUUUUAGUUCCCCUUUCUGCUAAAGCUGAACGGGCCCGUUUUAUCUCACAAUAUCCUGAAACAUGGAACACACCGGCUGCGUCAACAUCUGCAGUCUCACCAGCACCUUACCGGUGAUCCCAUAUCGGAAACUAACGGACCUGCACUACAUCAGUAAAGGAGGCUUCGGGACGGUGUUCAGGGCUCAGCACAGUGACUGGCGCACCACAGUGGCGAUCAAGUGCUUGAAACUGGAUUCUCCGGUUGGUGAGAGGGAAAGGAAUUGUUUAUUGAAGGAAGCUGAGGUGCUCCACAAAGCUCGAUUUAACCACAUCAUCCAGAUAUUUGGGGUGUGCAAUGAGCCUGAGUUCUUCUGCAUUGUGACUGAGUACAUGACUAAUGGAUCACUGGAUGAAAUCCUACAUGAGAAAGAAAUGUACCCAAUGGUGGCCUGGCCAUUGAGGCUUCGUAUUCUUUAUGAGAUCGCUCUAGGGGUCAACUUCCUCCACAAUAUGACACCACCUCUUCUACACCAUGAUCUCAAAACUCAGAACAUCCUGAUGGAUGGGGAGUACCAUGCUAAGAUAGCUGAUUUUGGCUUGUCUAAAUGGCGUCAGCUCUCUAUCACGAAAGGGUCCAGCUCCAAACCUGCUGAAAUGGGAGGCACAGUCAUCUAUAUGCCACCUGAGGAGUACGAACCUUCCAAGACCCGCAGAGCAGAUGUCAAAUAUGACAUGUACAGUUACGCCAUCAUCACGUGGGAAGUGCUUUCAAGACGGAUACCAUUUGAAGAGGCCACCAAUCCCAUGCAGAUCAUGUUCAGCGUCCUCAGAGGAUCUCGGCCCGACACAGGCUUGGACAGUCUGCCGGCAGACAUUCCCAGUCGAGAGACCCUCAUUAACCUCAUGACCUGCGGCUGGACCGCCAACCCAGAUGAACGGCCCUCCUUUCUCAAAUGUCUUAUUGAAUUGGAGCCCAUGUUGAGAAGAUUUGAUGAGAUUGAUGUCUUGGAAGCGGUGUUGGAAGUCAAACGAACAAAAUAUAUGAGGCCAUCAAGCUGUUGCUCAUCAAAUCAAACUAUUGGGAAAAGAAUCGAGGAAAAGAGUGUGAAGGAGCAAAACGUUCCUUGGCCAGACAACAGUUCCACAUCUGGAUCAGGCUCCUGCUCUUCCCAGGAAGCAGAUAUAUCCCAUCCGGGCUUCCUUACCAUAUCAAAUCCCUCUCAAGGUGUGUCAGGUGCUCAGGCUGGUCCACAGCCAUCAUUAAUGUCCCUUCCACUUGAUCCUCCAAAGCCUCUUAUGGACCACUGCUUUCGAAACAACCUCAGCACUGAGAACCAGACGGCACAGCCGGUGUCCGACCUCAACAUACCUUUCAAACCACAUGCAUCUCAGAGUGAAAGUGAUCUGGCUCUUGCCAUACAACCCCUCACUCUGCAGCCACACCCACAAGAUUUUGUCACAGCAUCGGACUUUCAGGGUCCGGCGGCUCGUUGGAUCGCUGCUCGAAGGGAGGACGUUGUGCGACAGAUGACAGAGGCGUGUCUCAAUCAGAGUUUAGACGCUCUGUUGUCUCGUGAGCUGCUAAUGCGUGAGGACUAUGAACUGGUCGUGAACCAACCCACACGUACCGCCAAAGUGCGGAAGCUUCUGGACACUUGCGAGCGGCACAGCGAGGAGUUCUGCCGUGUGGUGGUGCGGAAGCUCCAGGACAACAAACAGAUGGGCCUGCAGCCCUACCCUGACUUCAGCAUCACUAGCCCUCCUCCACCGUAUACCGCCCCCACCGCCCCCUUCAUCUCCAACUUGUUCAACACCACACGAAACUUCUGACCUUCUCCCAACUCCCAAGCACUGCUCUUGAGCUGGAGCUCUGUGAGUCCUUCUUUCUGUUAAGGAUUGUUCCUGUUCACACGCUCUUGCAUUUGUUUGUGCUGCUUGGUCAGUACUUUGUGUGCCUGGACAAGUGCUUUUGCCUCGGUGGUUAAGGUGUUGGUACUUAUGACACACUUUUUGGUAUCAACUUGAACCUUUGCUUUACAUGCAUCAUACAAGGCCGACUUUGGUCAAAUAACUACUUGGCUCAUGUUGACUUCUGACAUAAAACAGUUGUUGAAUCAUUGGCUCAAUGCCUAAAUUCUUGUUGAAAUGGACUUGAACCCAAGCAGUAAAGUGGUUUCACAAUGUCACAUUUGGACUUUUAUUCCAGCCAUCAAAAGAAAAAGCAGUGAAACAUCCAAGAAAUCUAUACUAGAAAUUGUUAUUUGCACCCUCCACGCCAGCAAAUUUAGUAAAAUAGAAGACUUGAAGACUCACCCUCCUGUUAUGCUAUGUUACGUCUACAUUACUGCAUAGUCAUGCCUGGACUUGAAGAAAAUUUGUAUGAAUCAGAAGUUUCGGUCUUCCUUUUGGUAAACCAGUGCUUGUUUUUCCCACAGUGGCACUCAAAGUCAGGUCUGAUGGUUUCGCCAUGCAUUUAAUGCUGUGUCAGGGUAAGUCUGCCAUGUGGUGGACAUUUUGCAGAUCUAGACUUUAGUCAGGGUAGACACAAAUUCACAGGGUUAAGGGUGCGAGGAAUGGAUGGUACAGUGUGUUCAAUGGGUUAUAGAUUGAAAAAAAUCAAAUGAGUCUUGAGAAUCAGACAUGACCUUGAACUUUAAUGACAAUACAACCUUUUCAUCAGAUCAGGUUGAGUUUGAUCUGGUGUGUUGUAUAUAUCAUGGCUUUUUUAAUUUGCAUUAAAAAAUAAGUCUACACAAACUAAAAUCCAUUCACGCACCAGUGGUUUAAUGGUUUGGCCUUAAAGGCAUAGUUCACCCAAAAAAAGUUCUGUCAUUAUUUACUCACCCUCAUGACGUUCCAAACAUGUAUGACUUUCUUUCUGAGUAAUGUUCAAAGUCUUUGUACUUGCAAUGAAAGUCAAUUGGGUCCAAAACAAAACCACAUUGGGCCCCAUUGAAUUUCCUUGUAUGGACAAAAACACUGUAUGGAAAAUAUCUUCUUUUAGAAGAAAAACUACACGAGGGUGAGCAAAUGAUAACUGAAUUUUUGGGAAUUUUGGGAUGCCUUUUAAAAUGCAGAGUGCCAACAAGUUAGCUUUCUUUCUUUUCUUUUCUUUUCUUUUUUUUCCCCUAGAAUUUUGUGGUCUUUUAAAGAAUUUGUAGAAUUGAUUUUGUUUUUUCGCCCUGAUGCCAAUGACAGACCAAACAAACCAGACUGUUUUUUUCCAUUGAGCCAAUCAGAUGUUGUUCUUUUAUUGCCUUUACUUUUGUAUAGUGAGUACUGUAGCAUUCUGUUCACAAGCAAUAUUAGACAGCACAUACGACAAAGACAAAUCAACCCAGGCAGAAAAGGGUGGUACACUGGAGUCCAUAAUGACAGAGUUCAUGCUGUCUGGUCGAGGUCAGCUUCUUCUCCGUUACGUUUUUGUUGUUCUCAAAUGGCAUGUCAGUCAAAAGCAUUAACUCAAUAUUAAACCGUCUAAUCAGUAGACUCAUCUUCUUAUCGGACCAUAAAGUGUCUUGGAUAAGUUACUUCUUAGUAAGUAUUGUGCCAUCUACAAUAUGUAGCCUAGUUUGCACUGGUUAUCAUUGACUCCAGAUGUAGCAGCAGACAGUCGACCGUUUAGAGCACUUUCAAUACAUAAAACAGGCUCAAGUGUGAAGCAACUGUAUUAAAGGAUUAGUUCACUUUCAAAUAAAAAAUUUCCUGAUAAUUUACUCACCUCCAUGUCAUCCAAGAUGUCCAUGUCCUUCUUUCUUCAGUCGGAAAGAAAUUAAGGUUUUGGAUGAAAACAUUCCAGGAUUAUUCUCCUUAUAGUGGACUUCAAUUGGCCCCAAAUGGUUGAAGGUCAAAAUUACAGUUUCAGUGCAGCUUCAAACGAUACCAGACGAGGAAUAAGGGUCUUAUCUAGCAAAACGAUCUGUCAUUUUCUAAAAAAAAAAAUUAUAUAUAUAUAUAUAUAUAUACGUUUUAACCAUAGACGCUCAUCUUGAACUAGCUCUCUUCUUCUCUAUUAGAAUUCCAGUGUAGUGUAGACGCUGCUAAGUGUAUUACUGCCCUCCACAGGUCAAAGUUUGAACUAAUUGUUAUAUUCUUGCACUAGCAUAUUGUAUAUGACAAUUUAGUUCAAACUUUGACCUGUGGAGGGCAGUAAUACACUUAGCAGCGUCUACACUGACGGAAUAGAGAAGAAGAAGAGAGCUAGUUCAAGAUGAGCGUCUAUGGUUAAAACGUAUUCAUUUUUUUUAUUUUUUAUUUUUUUUUAGAAAGUGACCGAUCGUUUGGUAUCGUUUAUAGCCCGUUGAAGCUCCACUGAAACUGUAAUUUUGACCCGUUUGGGGCCAAUUGAAGUCCACUAUAAGGAGAAUAAUCCUGGAAUGUUUUCAUCAAAAACCUUAAUUUCUUUUCGACUGAAGAAAGAAGGACAUGGACAUCUUGGAUGACAUGGGGGUGAGUAAAUUAUCAGGAAAUUUUUAUUUGAAAGUGGACUAAUCCUUUAAAUAUACUGAUACUUGCAUCACAGCUGGAGAGAUUUUGAGGAAAGCUACUGGCAAGAUGCUUUUAACAAGAAACAAAUAGUAUCGAGUGACUAUUUGCUAUUGUUUAUACAAACAUUGCCAGUUUAAAUCAGCAGUUUUCCACCAUGUCAUUUGAAAAUUUGAUUUCCAACAUUAAUAUGCUUCAGAUGCGGUGUUAUGUUUUAAGUUUAAAGUUACUUAGAAACUAAACCAAAGGGAAUGCCAAGAGUUAGCACUGCAAAUAUGGGCUGCUGAUCUUCAAGCAGAACACAAAUUAAAAUUCUUGAUGGCAAGUUAAAUUUGUUGCAAUGCUUUGAUCAGUCUUUUUUUCUGACCCAUGAGCUUGAUGAUGAUAUAUGAAGCAUUUUAUAAAUGUUUUGAGAUUUCGCUGUUCUCUUUUUUUUUUUUAGUUUCGUUUUAAGGCAUUGAAUUCCUGAGCUGUUGGGUUUUGCAUGUGUCCGUGCUGUAGACUUCCCCUCUGUGCAAAUAGACGUUGUUUUAGAGGCCUUGUCGUCGCAGAGGUGAUGUAUUUUCCCUAGAUUGAUUACAUUGUUUAUCACCUGGAAUGUCCUGAAAUUGGUUGUUUUAUUGUGUUCCCAUCAGUCACGCUGUAGUUUUUGACUUUUGAUUUCGUUGAGUGUCAGAAAAAAAAUAUCUUAAAGACCUUGCUGAUGAAUACUGAUUAGAAAUUGAGUCAAAGUGCAGCACCAGUCUUGAUAAGUUGGUGUUUGUUGGCAAGAAUCAGAUUUUUAUUUAUCGUUUUCACUUUUUAUUUUUUAUUUUUAUAUUGACUGUCCAGGGUUUGGGACCAUUUACAAUAUAAAGAGUAUGUAUGGCCUGCUAUUGUUUUGUAUUUAUUUAUAGUCAUCGUUAAUCUUUAGUGAUAUUUUACAUGCAUCUUAAGAAGUUUGUAAUGGGUUGUUGUGGGUUUUUAUAUAUAUAUAUUAAAACCCACAACAACCCAUUACAAACUUCUUAAGAUGCAUGUAAAAUAUCACUAAAGAUUAACGAUAUAUAUAUAUGUUUUGAAAAUAUCACUUGCUUCUAAGUGCUGUGCCAAUCAUGCUAUGAGGCUGAAUGCAUCUUUAGAUUAUGCUGAAUAUAUUUUAGCACACAUCUCAGCAAUAUAUCAGCCAAAUACUGUAUUGCCUAAUGGCCUGUUUUGAAUAUAGAAAAUGUUUCAUUUUCAUUCAUAUUACAUUUAAAGUUGUUAUUUAAACCACGCAGGCUAGGGAUUUAUUUAAAAUGACUACUACUGAUAUCUAUCAAUGUUCAUUUUUGCCUCGGAGCUCUUUGACUUGAGAACCUAAAUGUCUUGUCAUCAAACAUAAAAUGACAAUAAUGUACAGGCGUAUGUAGCAGUGUACAAGUAGCAUAUAUCUGUGCUAUAGUACUAUAUGAGGAACUUCCAUAAAAAUUGGAAAUUUUAAAGUGUUAUUAAAAUGUGUAGAAUUUCCUGAA